AACGCUGAGCUCGUAAGCGUAACGACACUGGCUAUUUAAUUUUUAUAAACAGCAAUUGAGAUCCCACUGGGCUGGAUGUACGCCAUUAAAAAGUUAUGGGCACAAUAGAGAUCGUAUUCCCUUCUGGCGUUCCACCGGGGAAAAUAUUGAAAUGGAGAGUACGGUUGAACACGAUGGUUUCAGCGGGCAGAGCAUUGUUCUCUUAUCAGAAUGCGGCCCCUGGAACAGAGGAUGAUAAUAAAGGGUCGGAGAAAAAUUUCCGAGCCGCACGAUUCGGUCGUGUUACAAAAUUUCUGGUCAAGGAAGGAGAUGUUGUACAACCGGGGCAAGUGAUAAUGACGUUAGAAGGAUGUAAGCAUCCAACAGUCAUGAAGGACCUGUGCGCCGAAUGUGGUGCAGAUUUAAGAGUCGAGGGUAUUGGUAAAGAGAAUGAAAGUGAAGUAAUAUCGCAAGCUAGUGUACCGAUGGUACACAGUGUGCCAGAGUUGAAAGUCUGUCCAGAAUUGGCUGAGAAAAUUGGUAAGGAAGACGAGCAACGUCUCCUUAACGAUCGCAAGUUAGCAUUGCUCGUAGAUCUCGAUCAGACGAUUGUUCAUACGACGAAUGAUAACAUCCCUCCUAACAUGAAGGAUGUGUAUCAUUAUCAGCUUUAUGGACCGAAUUCUCCUUGGUAUCAUACUCGGUUAAGGCCUAACACUAGACACUUCCUCUUCGAGAUGAGUCGUUUAUACGAAUUGCAUAUUUGUACAUUUGGGGCGAGGAAUUAUGCACAUACCGUAGCGGCGUUGUUAGAUAAAGACGGGACUUUCUUCUCACAUAGAAUACUCUCGAGGGACGAGUGCUUCGAUCCAGCAUCGAAGACAGCCAACCUUAAGGCCUUGUUCCCUUGUGGAGACGAUUUAGUAUGCAUUAUAGAUGAUAGAGAGGACGUCUGGCAAGGAUGUGGGAAUCUAGUUCAAGUCAAGGCUUAUCACUUCUUCCGUCACACUGGCGAUAUACAUGCACCUCCGGGAUUAGAAAAAAGCGAUAUGCGAUGUUUACCUGAUUUGCUGAACACAAACGAUGAAGCUGCAAAUGAAUUGACUAAAAAUGGUGCGCCCGAGCAAGCGAACGAAGACUCUGACUUAAAGAAAGGGGCAACUGAAAAUGAGGAAAGUGUAUAUAAAUCUGUGAACGAUAAGGACGAUGUUAAAACGACUGGUUUAAGUCCUGUCUCCGAGAACGAUUGUAAAAACGACGAAACAGUAGAUGUCGAGAAACAAUCGAAAGAGACGUUGAAACAGUCGGAGGAAACAGGGAAACAAACAGAGGAGACGAGAGACAAUGUAAUAGCAACUGAGACAGUAGAAGAUGUUAAAAGUGGAGAUAUGAAUUCUGAUGAAAAUAAUGUUAUAGACGAAGAUGACGACGAUUAUUUAUUAUAUUUAGAAGAUAUUCUCCGAAGAAUUCACACUGAAUUUUAUGGUACUAUAGAUAGAGGAGAAGAACGUAAGCCAUUAAGAGAGAUUAUUCCACGGGUCCGGUCUCAAGUUUUAAAAGGAGUACAUUUAACUUUUAGUGGAUUGAUUCCUACUCAUCAGAAACUUAAUCAGAGCCGAACGUACAAAGUUGCUAGGGCAUUCGGAGCUGAAGUGGCACAAGAUUUAUCCGAUAAGACUACUCAUUUAGUUGCUAUCAAACCUGGCACGGCUAAGGCCAACGCGGCGAAGAAGAAUCCUAAUAUAAAAAUCGUAAACCCGGAUUGGCUGUGGACUUGCGCGGAGCGUUGGGAACACGUGGACGAACGGUUGUUUCCACUUACCGCAAAGGCUCGCGCCUCUAGAAUUCCGCCUCCGCAUUGUAGUAGCCCAGAACGUGUAGAGGAACCGGAAAAGAAUACAGUAGAUAAUUUUGCAGAUAGCAUCAAUCCGUUGAUGUCGUUUACACCGGAAGAGAUAGAAAUUAUGGAUAAAGAAGUUGAGGAGGAUAUGGACGAUCAAGAAUUCGAACCGCCUGUCUUCGACACGGACGAUGCGGACGACGAAGAAUUCGAUAAAAUAGUUCGCAGCAGGGAUUCUGAUUCCGAUUACUCGAAUCAUGAACUAGAAUGUGAUACACACGAACCGAUAAGGAAAAGGAAGAAACUUUGUAAUGAAAGUUCCGAGGAUGACGGUUCGUCGAGCGAAAACAACGACACUUUAGAGGACGACGAUGACGACGAUCCUGUAACGCGUUUUCGAAGAGGAGAAAACUUACCUGAUGAUUUAGAUUUAGGCGAUAAUUCACAAGAUUCGGUGGAAGACCUUGAAAUAAUGGACAACGAGGAUGAACGUGAAUGGAACGAAAUGGGAGCGGCGCUCGAAAGGGAAUUCCUUUCCGAAUGAUGCAGUGAAUGAGAUCCUCUGUAUUGAUUGCACGAAUCGGUCGAAUGAACAUUGUUUGUACAUUUUCGAUUUACCUUUAGUAAUUAUUAAUAUUUAAACCAUACGUGUUUGUAGAAUUUCCAUCUAUAUAGUUUAACGAGAAUAGAUAGGGAUACUGAUGAGAUCAUGCACAAGUUCAAUUG